AUGGCGGCGAACACCGGCGGCGCCGCCCUGGAAGGGGAGAAGGUCGUGCUGGUGCCGUACAUGAGGGAGCACGUCCCUCGGUACCACGAAUGGAUGCAGGAUCCGGCGCUUCUCCAGGCGACUGGGUCGGAGCCGCUCACGCUCGAGGAGGAGUACCAGAUGCACCUCUCCUGGAUAAGCGACCCUAGCAGUUGCUGCUCUUCUUCCCCUUCCCAUUCAUUCUCUCACCGAUCUGUUCCUCUCCGAGUUUCCUCCACCGGGAGGGGGUGAUCGAACUGAUCUCUCCUGGUGCGCGUGAUUUUCAGAGCACACUUUCAUAGUCCUGGAUAAGCAGCGGAUCAGGGGAGGCGGCUUCGUCCACGGAGAUCCCCACGUCGAAGGUCAGAGAUCCCUCCCGUUAGCCGUCGUCAUCCUUCUUCCCCCCGUAUUAGGGCUUCGGCGAUUCCAUUUACGUCUGAAUGAUCCUCGCUGAGGUUUCUUUUUCUGCUUCUUCUUCCUCCUGGAAAUCUGGCGGAGGAAGAACUCAGGGCCGUCUUGUUGAUCGAAUCUGCCUCACAUCCUGGUUCUCUUCUGAUCUCCGACCCCUAUUUCCGUGGUUGUUCCUCCUCUCGCAGCUAUGGUUGGCGACGUCAAUAUCUACGCGAACGAUCCUGACGAUCCGCGGACAGCAGAGAUUGAGAUCAUGAUCGCCGAACCAGAGAGGUGGGCUCCCUCCCUCCCUCUUCUGCUUUUCUUUCUUCGCCGUCUUCUUCUUCCGGCUCUUCGGACAUCUGCCAUUACAAAAUCUUCAGAUUUGCAUAUUAUUUUAGCAGGAAUUGGAUCCUUGUGUAAUCGAAUUAGCAGGAGCUGCGAUCGGAGAACAGAUAGAUGGUCGAGAGUAACGCUUGGGAUCAUCAAUCCAGAAUAAUAUCCUGGUCUUGGCGACGAAGAAAUCCAAUAAAUUCAUGAACUGGGUGCCGGUAGAGCACGCAUUGAACCAAAACUGAAACAACAGUGUCGGUGUUGAUGAUUCUAUGGAAGAUUGAUAACCAGUCGAAUGUGCCGAUGAGAAGAAGGCCAAUGAUAAUUUGCGCCAUAUUCAUUCUUCUUCUCUACAUGGGCUGCAGUUCUUCCCACUCCAGUCGAAUGUUUGUUUCCUUCAUGCUCUUGAUUUUGGAAUGGGAUUUACUACGGAGGUGCUGUGUGGGGGUUGACCCAGAGGAGGGUUGACUUUUGAUCCAUGACCCUGUAAAGAUCCGUACUCUAUGCCUGGGGAUUGAGGCUUUCUUAGUCUGUCUUUAAGAAAUCGAUGGAUGAACAGUCAAGAACACGAGCCCUCCGCGUGCAAUCCCUUAGAUUGGGCAAAUUCCUGCUGCAUCUCCCGGUUGCCUUGCUUUAUGUUCGUCUCGUCGGUCAUCAUGGUCCUUGCUUGCUCUGUGCAGCCGCGGGAAGGGGCUCGGGAAGGAAGCUGUCUUGAUGAUGAUGGCAUUUGCCAUUAAAAGCUGCGGGAUUCAGAAAUUCCGGGCCAAGAUUGGGGAUUCAAACACGACUUCCCUCUCUCUAUUCCGGAAACUGGUCUCUCUCUCUAUCCUUCUCCCUCUGUCUCUGUCUCUGUCUCUGUCUCUGUCUCUCUGUCUCUCUCUGGGUCUGUAAUCUUGUUCUUGGUUGGAUGCAGGGUUUCAAGGACUACUCUCACAGCGAAGUAUUCAAGGAGGUACUUCUUGCGGUGGUUUGAUGACGUUUUGCCGCCCCUGUGAUCUCCUCCCUGAUCUCGUAUUCUGCGGCAGGUAACUCUUGAGAUGGCGGUGGAGCCUGCCGAGGGCGAGGCACCGGAGAACAGUUGA